AUGGAUACUUCAGACUUUUUUGAAGAUGACUUGGUCCAGAUGCCAGAUACAUCGAUAAGCAUUGUGGCCCACCAGGCCAGUCCGCGACUCGAAUUGAAUCCAAAGAAACCCUUGCAACUACCCAAAACAAUUCAAGACCAGCUGGCAGAAGACUGUAUUGACUGGGGAAGCGAUGACGAGGAAUACAAUGACACAAUUGAGGCUCAUAGCCUAGAAACUCCUGUGCCUCGUACAAUACUUUCAACUCGGCAUGAUCUGGAUGAUGGGGAAGCAUUUUGGGACGAACCAGACAAGCCUUUGGCUACCAUCCAGCUUACUAAUAGUAUGGACACCCACAGUGGAGAACGUGUUGGUUCAAAUGUAGAAGAAAAGGUAUUUGACCUGCAGGAUUCCAACUGCAAUUGGGACGAGCUUGAGCUGGAUUUGAUGGAGUUUAGUUUGGGUGACCAGCAAGACUCGGACUGGAAGGACGCGAUGGCCAUCCCUCACAGGUCCAUAACAGCCUCGUCUUCCAGCGUGUCAUUGGAUGUCUUGAUCAAGGAAGGCACAGGUCAUAACCAGUUGGAUUCUCCUAAUGUAUUGUCGAUAGACACUUCUAUCAAUGUUUUGUCAAAACAGCCUCGUUCUUCAACUCCCUCUGGAAUGCAUUCACCUGCCCUCUCGGCAGUUUCUUCCAGACGAUAUAUGCACAGUCCAGCUCCAAGUUCAAAUGCAUCUGUUGUAGCUUCAGAGAGUGAUGAUGAAGGUUUUGAUGAUAUUGAUUUUACAUCUCAAACUCAGAAUCUAGUGCUGCGAAACUUAUCCUCCAACGAUACAACUGAUAGUAUCGACCUUUCUUGUAAUGAUUGUCAUAGUUUUCCAAAGAACCGGACUGAGCGUUUGAGUGCACCGUUGGAUCGCUUGAAAAAAUAUGCAGAGAAUAAUCUUGGAAUUAGCUUUUCAGAUGAUCCUUUAUGCCAAGAUAAUGACUUGGAUCUUGAUUUUCCAAAUACUACAAACGACGAGUCACUUGCUGAUCGACUCAAGUCGCGACUUGAUUCAAAAUUUACAACCCAUAGCAAUGUAAGCACCAAUGCCAAGAGUACUUUGCAUCAUGACAGCGUGACUCCCAAAACACCGUCAAAAAAGCCAGUAUCCCAGCAUUCAAAAUCAAAGCCGCAUCAGCAGUCUGGUGAUCGAACUCCUCAUCAGACAGUUCCAAUCUCGCCUCUUUCAAUGGCAUCGGUGGAUACAUCUUAUUCCCAAUUUGGAAGUAUUACUAGGAUUCAAAACUAUUCGCAUCAGAUUAAAUCACAGGGAAGAUCAGUGUCGACUUCAACUCCAACUCGUACUACUUCCACUGCGAGUGUGUCUCGACUACAAACAGCUUCGUCGCUUGCAAUAAGACGAACGCCUGCAGUUGUGCAAUCUCAUCCUAUAUCCAAACCUACACCAAAAGCGUCUUUGAAUACAGCAUCCUCAGUAGCAAAAACUGCGAUAACACCCAAGUCUUCUGCGACCAAGUCGACACGUCUACCUUGCAGUCGGCUUGCAACUACAACGCAACAAAAUGUUGGCAAACCACCUGUUAGUUCAUUUGGAGCUGCAAGCACUUCAAAUCUUUUACGAAAACCACGUACAAAGGGUCAUGAAGGAAAUGGAACCGAAUUGGAUCAUAUCGAAGAUUUACCGGUUGAAUCUACUCCACGUAUGUCAAUAUCAACAUCUAUCAGUUCUAUAGCAACUAUGACUACUGAAACCAGUAGACUUCGAAAAUCUAAUGCAUCUUCAAAUAGCAGUAAUGCUAUACGACCUGCAUGGUCUAAUUCAAAUGUAAAUUUAAGCCAUCAUCAAUCUACUAUGCACAACCAAACAGCAUACAAAUUUUCACAACGGCCACCGACAGCUCGUAUUGCGUUUGGUCGAACCAUGGGGUCGUGUGGUGAGUUUGAUAUGCGGCUAAGAUGA